CAUACAAAUACAAAUCGCACCGUCUAAACCGAAAACCACAAUAAUCUUGUUUAUCAAAUUUUGCUUUGUGUCUAACACGGUGAUUGGAUCAAUACAAUGGCACGUACUAAACAAACUGCUCGCAAGUCCACCGGCGGCAAGGCUCCGAGGAAGCAGUUGGCGACCAAGGCUGCUCGGAAGUCUGCUCCGGCUACUGGUGGUGUGAAGAAGCCCCACCGCUUCAGGCCCGGUACGGUGGCUCUACGUGAGAUCCGGAAGUACCAGAAGAGCACCGAGCUUCUGAUCCGGAAGCUUCCUUUUCAGCGCCUGGUUCGUGAGAUCGCUCAGGACUUCAAGACGGAUCUCCGAUUCCAGAGCUCCGCCGUCUCCGCCCUUCAGGAAGCCGCUGAAGCUUAUUUGGUCGGACUCUUCGAGGACACUAACCUUUGCGCUAUCCACGCUAAGAGGGUUACGAUUAUGCCUAAGGAUAUUCAGCUUGCGAGGCGUAUCAGGGGUGAGCGUGCUUGAGCAUUCAGUUAGGUUUGUAUAGGAGAUUGGCUAAUGCUUAAUCGUUAUUGUGGAUCAGACUUCGAUGGAUUUAACUUCUAUGCAUUUACUGUAAGCAAGCUCAGAUGUAUUAGAUUUUUCAAUGAAAACAGUGAUCCUGUUAAAUAUUUGCCCCCUUA